AGUCAACCCCCCCUCUCCUCUUUCACUUCACUUCUCCUCCUCCUCCUCCUCCUCUCCACCACAACCAACCCACUUCCAAAAUACAACACUGACAACAACAAAAGCUACAAACCACAAAAAGAAGUUAUAAAAGACCAGCUACAAAUAAAAGAACCCAACACCUGCAAGAGUAAAAUCAAGGAAUAGCAGAUGAUAAGAAAACGAUUCAAACUUUUUUUAAGGCCCCAAAUAAAUUACCAUUACUUUUUGAGUUUGAAUUGAACCGACAAUCUCCUGGAUAAAUCAGCCAUCCCCACUGCCCAAUAACAACACACAACAACAGAUCUUGGGCUCUCUUAAUUACUCCUCUAUUACUACUACGACUACUACUACUACUAAUACUAAUUCUAAUAUUACUAUUAUUGCUGCUGCUGCUGCUGCUGCUACUACUAGUGCUUUUUUUAGGGGAAGAAAUGGCUUUGGCUUCUGCUUUUCAGAACACUAUUUUUGUCCUCCUCCUGCUGCAGCUUCUGCUUCUUGGGACAUCUUCUGGCAGUAAUGUGUACAUUGUGUACAUGGGGGAGAAACCCCAGAUGCAGCCACACCUUGUUCAUGAACUCCACCAUGGGAUCCUCACCAGUGUGCUUGGGAGUGAAGAAGAGGCGAAAACAUCAAUUCUUUAUAGCUACAAGCAUGGGUUCUCAGGAUUUGCUGCUGUGCUCUCGGAAUCUCAGGCGGCCCGCCUUGUCGACUGGCCCGGAGUUGUUCGGGUUGUCCCGAACCGGAUUCUUGAAUUGCACACCACCAGGAGUUGGGAUUUUCUGCAUCUGAGUCCAGAACCCUCAAAUGGGCUCCUCUCAUUGAGUAGAUUCGGCGAGAGGUCGAUUAUUGGUGUGUUGGAUACUGGAAUAUGGCCAGAAUCCGAAAGCUUUAAAGAUGAUGGCAUGGGAGAAGUUCCGCCACGGUGGAGAGGGAAAUGCGUCGAAGGCGAGAAGUUUCGUGCUUCAAACUGCAAUAGGAAAAUAAUCGGAGCACGGUGGUACAUCAAAGGAUAUGAAGCUGAAAACGGUAAACUAAACACGAGUGAAGUGUUUGAAUUCCUGUCUCCCCGCGAUGCUGUCGGUCACGGCACGCACACGUCAUCGACUGCCGCCGGUGCCUUAGUGGCCAACGCAAGCUUCAAUGGGCUUGCUCAAGGCUUAGCGAGAGGAGGAGCUUCACGGGCCCGACUUGCUAUCUAUAAAGUAUGCUGGGCCACAGGAGACUGCAGCUCUGCAGACAUUCUCGCCGCUUUCGACGAUGCCAUACAUGAUGGCGUGGAUGUUCUAUCAGUUUCUUUGGGCCAAGCGCCACCUCUCCCUACUUAUGUCGAGGAUGUUUUGGCGAUCGGCUCCUUUCAUGCCGUGGGCAGAGGAAUUUCUGUUGUUUGUUCUGCAGGGAAUUCCGGGCCGUACUCGCAGACAGUGAUCAAUACUGCUCCGUGGAUUAUAACUGUCGCAGCAAGCACGAUUGACCGGACUUUCAUUUCGAGGAUCACCCUCGGGAAUAACAGUACUUUUGUGGGUCAAACCCUAUACCCUGGAAAGCAUCAUAAGAGGAACUACCAAAUUGUUAAUGCCGAAGAUAUCGCCUCCAGUGAUACAGAAGAUAGUGAUGCAAGAAGUUGCAAUACAGGAUCUCUUAAUGCUACUCUAGCAAGAGGAAAAAUUGUACUUUGUUUCCAAACACGGGGCCAAAGGGUGGCUUCUGUUGCGGCAGACACAGUCAGAAAAGCACUCGGUGUCGGCGUCAUCUUCGCUCAGUUCAUGACGAAGGAUAUUGCAUCUUCAUAUGAUAUUCCGUGCAUCCAAGUAGACCUUGAAACCGGAAGUACCAUACUAAAUUACAUCGGCGACACAAGAAAACCGGUUGUGAAAUUUAGCUCUGCAAAGACAAUUCUUGGAAAACUGAUUGCUCCUGAAGUGGCAUACUUCUCGUCUCGAGGCCCGAGUUCGUUGUCCCCCUCUGUACUGAAGCCUGACAUUGCUGCACCUGGUGUGAACAUUUUGGCAGCAUGGCCCCCAGCUUCCAUGUUAUCUCCCACUAGCAGGCCGGUUAAUUUCAGGAUUGAUUCAGGAACGUCGAUGUCGUGCCCGCACAUCUCAGCUGUUGUAGCGCUUCUCAAAUCGAUCCAUCCUGAUUGGAGCCCCGCCGCGAUUAAAUCCGCGUUGGUCACAACAGCUAACGCAUAUGACGAAUAUGGCCUCAGUAUAGUAGCUGAAGGUGCUCCUUACAAGCAAGCCGACGCAUUCGAUCACGGAGGUGGCCACGUAGACCCAAACAAGGCUUUAGAUCCUGGUCUAGUUUACGACACGGGUGUUUCCGAUUACAUCCGUUUUCUUUGCUCCAUGGGAUACAAUAACUCCGCUAUAAGCUCAAUGACGCAGCACAACAAAGCGUGCAAAAGCUCCCGUCAAUCGCAGAAGGACUUGAAUCUCCCUUCCAUAUCCAUUCCUGAACUAAGAAAGACCCUGACAGUAUCAAGAACAGUUACAAAUGUAGGUCCGGUUAAUGCGGUGUAUCGAGCUCGCGUAGAAGCUCCGAAAGGAGUACAUGUAAAUGUCGAGCCCAAAGUCUUGUUGUUCAACAUGACUGCGAAGAAGUUGUCAUUCAAGGUAACUUUUCGGACGAAGCUAGACGUGCGAGGGCGGUAUGUGUUCGGAAGUUUGUCGUGGGAGGAUGGAGUUCAUUCGGUGAUGAUUCCGUUGGCGGUUCGGACGGUGAUCGACGACUUCUACACGGUUGCAUGAUGGAAACAUGAUCAUGAUUCCAGUGGAAAUCAACUUCUUGUUCCUCUUUCCUUAUUUUGUUUUCCCUUUAAAAUUUAAACGCCAUUUGUGCACAUCAUAUGUUUUGUUCUCCGAAAUCUUGUUAUUGUCACUAGUUGACUCACAUUGUAAUGACAUUCUCAUAUGAUUUCUCGUUCGCCGAUUUUAUAUUUGUUAAA